UUUUCCUAUUCACAUCUUCUCAAGGCGUACGAGUGCCAGGAGAUGAAGGGAGUCUUUCCGUAAGUUGUUUAUGAGCAGAUUCAUGGUCUUUUUCAUGUUCUUCAUGUUGUUUAACUUUGUGCGUUGUUUCUUUCUAUGCUUGUGUACCAUUAACUUUGUGCGUUGUUUCUUUCUAUGCUUGUGUACCACAUAAACAAACUACGUGUUGCUUUCCUUUUACGUUAAAUGCAGGUACGAAUGGAUGGAUGACCUGAGUAAGUUGGAGCAGACAAGCCUUCCACCCGCCGACGCCUUCUACAGCAAGUUGCGCGGGACACACAUUUCUCCAGAGGACUACGCCCACUGUCAGGCGGUCUGGGAAGAAUGCGGCAUGGAGACCAUGAAGGAUUUUCUGAUAUGGUACAACAACAAAGAUGUCCAGCCGAUGUUAGAAGCGAUCCAGAAGAUGGUUGACUUCUACAAAGACCUGGGGCUCGACAUGCUGAAGGACGGGAUUAGUGUACCAGGACUCACCCUAAAAUAUUUGUUUAAGAACUUGGGUAGUGACACUUUUUUCACUUUGCCUGAUAAUGAAGAGGUAUACAAAUUGUUUAAAGAGAAUAUUGUUGGAGGGCCUAGCAUAAUAUUUCAUAGACACCAUCAGAAGGGAGUAACUAUGAUAAGGGAACGCGAGAUGGCAGGUCAGAGCAGGCUACCUAAACCUUGUCAAAAGGUGAUUGGUUUUGACGCUAACGCCUUGUAUCUUUAUGCAGUCGGACAACAGAUGCCAACAGAAUAUUACAUUCGGCGACAGGCAGAAACCGGCUUCGUGAAAGAGUAUUCCGCUUCUUCUCGUGGUCGUAUGGCAAAAGCUUGGUUAGAUUGGGUGGCUCACAAGUAUGGUAUCGCCAUAAGACACAAGUUUAACAAUACAGAAAAACGUAUAGGGCACCGCCGAAUCCCAGUGGAUGGCUUCUGUUCUCAAACCGGGCAGAUUUUUCAAUUCCACGGGUGCUACUGGCACGGCCAUGAUUGCCAUUUGACCGAGAAGGCGAAGUAUGAUUUCAGAGGUAAAACGAAAUUCGAACUUCGGUUAGAAACAAAACUAACAACACAAUAUCUGCAGAGAGAAGGUUUUCAGGUGACUGAAAUGUGGGAAUGCGAUUGGCAAAAAUUGCAAAAAACAGACCAGGCAUUGAAGGAUUUUUUGGCCAGCCGCAAAACACCGACUGAAUGCAAAGUAAAACUAACACAGGAUGACAUCCUUGAUGCUAUCCGUCAGGAUAAUUUUUUUGGUGUCGUAGAAUGUGAUGUAUUCGUGCGUUGGGUUCUGAAGACUAAUUUUGCAGAAAUGUGUCCCAUCUUUAAGAACGUCGACAUUUCCAUCGGCGACAUUGGCGACCACAUGAAACAGUACGCCGAAACACAUGGCGUCAUGUCCAGACCCAGACGUUCUCUCAUUGGCAGUAUGUUCGGUCAAAAGAUCUUGUUGGCGACACCUCUGCUGAAAUGGUAUUUGGAAAAGGGGUUGGUUGUGGAACACAUCUAUCAAGUUCUGGAAUACAUCCCCAAAAGGUGUUUCGAACCUUUCGUCGAAGCAGUUAGCAAUGCCAGGCGGGAAGGUGAUAGAGACGACAGAAAGAAAGUCAUAGCCGAGACUAUGAAAUUGAUAGGUAAUUCUGCUUAUGGCAAGACGGUCACUAACAAAGAGAAACAGUUGAAAGUGGAAUAUUUUGGAGAUGUGGUCUCUACCACGCGGGCGAUUAAUUCGCCUUGCUUUCGCCAACUUUGGGAAGUCACGGAAAACUUCUACGAAGUUCAGAGUUCUAAGGCAACCAUCAAAUUGGACUUGCCUCUCCAAAUUGGAUUCUUUGUCUAUCAGUAUGCGAAACUAAGAAUGUUGCAGUUUUAUUUUGACUUUAUGCUUGAGUUUGUAGACGUCUCCGAUUUCCAAUAUUGCGAAAUGGAUACAGACUCAGCCUACAUAGCAAUAUCCGCAGACAGGCUGGAGGAUGUUAUCAAACCUCACAUGCGGGAGAGGUACGAAAACGAGAAACACCUUUGGUUCCCUCGUACAGACACGCCAGAAAACGCGGCGUACGACAAGCGCACUCCCGGUCUUUUUAAGGAAGAAUGGGCAGGGGAUGGAAUUGCCAAACAACAGGAAGAGAUGACCCCACUGGUUAAAUCGGCUUUAAGUGUGGACGGUCAAAUGCAAGAGGUGAUGUCGCGCCAAGAUUUAGGCGAUGACGAGAAGGCAACCCUGUACCAACAGCUUCUUCAGCGUUAUCUCACGUACAGAGACAAACGACGAGCCGAGCCAGUCAGCGUCAGGUUGGUAACGUCGAACUCCACCCCUGCUGCCACCGUCACCGCUAAGAACAAUGUCGCUAAAGAUGAAGGGUCCACCACCACCACCUCUCCCAGCACCGCCUCGCCUACCGGUAAAGAAGACAAGACCAUAUUGGCGGCUUUCCCAAAAAACAUGAAAGCGCGUGCCCAACAGUUGCUCAACGUCAUCAAACACAAGGGAGGGGACAUUCUCGAUUACAACCAACACGGAGAGCUUCUCUACGAUAAGAAAGUAGUUCCCGGAUCCCAGAUCUCGGAUCUCUUAAGAGAUGUGAUUCAACGGAGACAGAAUUUCAACCCCAUUGGAUGGCGAGCCUUCAGCAGAGGGCUGGCACGCAUAAACACCCCUGAAGCAGCCAUAAGACACCCAACCCGACUGGCUGUGAUUAAGAAACACAAGGCGCGUGCUGCUCUCGGUGACACUCUUUCAAGCGGAGAAGAGGAAGAAGACAUCGUGCCGACUCCUCGACCUCCACAACGCCGUGGUCCUAAACGGAUUCCCGCAAGCAAGGCAAAAGUUUUCGUCGCGAAACCUCCCUCGUCUGCCAAACAGUCCUUCACAGAAACUGCGUGGAAGUGA